AUGGUUCAAGAUGCAGACGAAGAGAUUCUAAUCGACGAGCUUCGCAACGAUGACUUUCAACAGCGGCUGAAGUCUGUCAGGAGGCUGACCACGAUUUCUUCUGCUCUUGGGGUGGAGAGGACGAGGAACGAGCUGGUUCCGUACCUGAACGAGCUCGCGGUAGAGUCGGAGGAUGAGGACGAGGUCCUUCUUGCGAUGGCGGAGGAGAUCGGAAACCUUAUCCCGCAUGUCGGCGGCAACGAGCAUGUGCACCACUUGCUGCUUCCCCUCGAGACCUUGUGCGCUCCUGAGGAAGCGCUUGUGCGCGAUAAGGCUGUGGAGUCGCUGAUCAAGGUAGCUGAGGUGAUACCCAACGUGGAAGAGGCCUUUGUCCCGCUCAUCCGAAGACUUGCAACGGGAGACUACAACUCGCACAGGAUAGCUGCUGCUCCCCUCUUCGCCACGGUCUACAAGCGCGUCUCAGAGUCCUCAAAGGCAGAGAUGAGGAGGCUCUUCGGGCAGCUCUCAAAAGAUGAUUUCCCGAUGGUCAGAAAAGCUGCAUGCACGGCCCUCGGCGGGUUCUCCCAAGUUCUCGAGCAGAACCACCUGCAGAACGAAAUCAUCCCUCUCUUUACUAGCCUUGCUCGUGAUGACCAAGACUCCGUCCGCAUCGUCGCUGUUGACAACUGUGUCACAUUGGGGAGGAUCUUCCCGACCGACAAGAACCAGUCACUCCAAGACAAGUCAUGGCGUGUGAGAUACAUGGUUGCUGACCAUUUCUGCGAGCUCUGUGAAAGCAUUCCACGAGAAGUGAUCGAGGCAGAGAUGUGCCCAGCCCUUGUCAAGUUUCUCAAGGACACAGAGGCUGAGGUCAGGACGGCUGCAGCUUUCAAGGUCGCGGGCUUCUGCUCUAAAGUCUCGGUGGACGUCGCGCUGAACCAGAUCAUGCCCUGCAUCCGCGACCUGGUAGUGGACCAGUCGCAGCAUGUCAGAGCUGCUCUUGCGUCAGUGAUCAUGGGGCUCGCUCCCGUGCUGGGCAAGGAGCACACGAUCGAGCAGCUCGUCCCUCUCUUCCUCUCCCUCCUUAAGGACGAGCACCAUGAGGCACGGCUCAACAUCAUCUGCAAGCUCGACAACGUGAACCAAGUGAUUGGAGUAGAGUGCCUUUCCCAGUCUCUCCUCCCAGCUAUCAUCGAGCUUGCGGAGGACAAGCAGUGGAGGGUGAGGCUGGCGAUCAUCGAGCACAUUCCUCUGCUGGCAAGUCAGAUGGGCGCCAAGUUCUUCGAGGAGCGACUGGCUAAGAUGUGCAUCACGUGGCUUGCGGACAGCGUGUUCACCAUCCGAGAAGCUGCUUCCUUGAACCUCAAGAAGCUAACGGAGGUGUUUGGAGUGCAAUGGGCGUCAGUCUACAUCAUUCCCCAAGUGAUCGAACUUUGCGGUCACUCCAACUACUUGUAUCGCAUGACAGCGAUCAACAGCAUUGCGAACCUCACCAGCGCCGUUGACAAAGAAAAGCAGAAGCAGAUGCUGAAUGCUGUCGUAGUAGCUACCAAGGAUCCUGUUCCCAACUGCAGGUUCAAUGCUUGCAAGGCCAUGGAGCUGAUGCUUCCUGCUAUAGACGCGCAGAUCGUAGACUCAACAGUGGUUCCUGCUUUGAACUUGCUGUCCAACGACGAGGACCCUGACGUGAAGUUCUUCGCCGCCAAGACCUUGAAUGCCUGCAUGAAGGCCUGA